UCUGUCAGUGCCAGGCGGAAACACUCUGUACUUGAGCUUUUCAUGUAGACUAAAUCCUGCAUAUUAAUGGGAAUUAAACUGACUAACAUUACAGCUGAUGUACCAGUCAAAUGGUUAUUACUCAGUUAUGGUCCAUUUUCAUUUAAGUGAGAAAACUGACUGGUGAGAAAAUGUUGUCUUGAAGGUUUGGGUUGCAGCAUUCGCUUUAAUGUAUCGUCCAGCGUCAAAGUCCGCUGGCUAGCAGAACUUAGCUACCAACUUGAAUUUAGCUGGCUAUAAGUUACAUUUGUACUUUUAGCAAGUAGUUGUCCGUUGGUUUUAUUUAUUUAUUUAUUUGCGAAACUUGGUCGUACUUGCCUCUUAUUUUUGACAUACAUUGGGCUAGUUAGCGUACAGGUUAGUAAGUCGGUAGCUAUGAAUGACCCCGUGCAGUCGUUAAUCACUGUUCUUGAGUCCUACAGGGGAAGAGAUAAAGUGAUACGGACACUUUGCUAUGGGUCCCAACUUGUUGGCGGAGUCAUUUCUCAGAAGACCGCUGGAUCUUCAGAGAUGGGGAAGAGUCUCUUGCUGUUCUCGGCCCAGCUUAGCCACUGCCGUACUGUACUGCGACUCUUUGAUGACCUGUCUAUGUUCGCCUACUCCAGGAGUUAUGGUUUAGGGGGCACGGAGGCAGACCUUGGGUUGCGCUGGAUGUCCGUGCUAACUAAUGUGGCUGACCAGCUGUACUACCCCUGUGAGCACGUUGCAUGGGCUGCUGAUGCCGAGCUCAUCAGAGUCAAGUCUGACAAGUGGUGGACCUUAAGCACUUUUCUGUGGGGCCUCUCUCUACUACUUGGCAUUCUGAGAUCUGUCCGAGUGCUUCUGCUGCUAAAGAGAAGACUGAAGAAAACUGAGGGGACUAGACAGAUUGACAGAGGUGUUUUUCCCCCCUCCAGCGAGGCACAUGUCAGCAGGCGCUCUGAAGCCCAGCACCAGGUGCGAGCAGAAGUACUCAAUAUUCUCAGCAGCAUGGCAGACCUGAGCACUGCCAUUCACUGGAUGCCGCCUGGUUUCCUGUGGGCAGGACACUUCCCUAAUUGGCUGGUGGGACUUCUGGGUACCACUUCCUCUUUGAUUGGUUUGUACCAAAUGACCUCAUGUGAGAGAGAAACUGCAGACUGAGGGCCUUUGUUCAGAAGAAACAAGACUUUGUUUGAUGUAUUUUUGACUGCUGAAAUCUUGCUGUAACAUUUUGUAAAGUCCUAUACACGCUGAUAGGCUUGUUUGUAGAAAGAGGUUUCAGUUUUACAUGACUUUUGUAGUUAAGCUAAUUGGACUGUAAUUUCACUUAAUUAGCAACCUAUGCACAGAUAGGUAUUGAUUUGAAAAUACUUAACUAUGAAUGAUUCCUAACUUAGAUGCAAAAGUCAGUGAAUGUAUUGCAAUAAUCACAGAAGAGGACAGACACAGUUUACCUCCAGUUCAGUAUGUAUUUAAAUGCAUGCAAGGCUAGGGCUUUAUUGUGGACCUCAGCUACAUAUUUAAGUGGUAGCUCUAAAUUGCUACUUGUGUCUACUACAAGAUUACAAUGAAUUGUGGGACUGAUUUAUGAUGCCUCUGGACAAACUGUUCCAGUUUCUUUCAGUUAAUGUUUCAGUUUUUGUUAUGCACUUAGCAUUGUCAAAAUUCAGUAGCAGACACAUUUAAUUUAUCAUGUUAAAUAAUAUGUAAAUUAAAUAUAUGACUGUAUGGGGACAUUAUAAUGACAAAGGUUGACAGCAUCGUGCAAGUGUCAAAUAAAGCAUUUGGUUGCAUACAUGCAUAGAUACAAAAUUACAAGAUCUGGUUUCCCAGUGACAUAGCUGACAAAUGUCUACCAGCUGAUGCCUGGGGGUACUGUAGAAUUACUUAAGUGAAAUCAUGCCUGAAAUCGAAACAAGUUCAAGAAAGUGACUUACAGGGAUUGUGUGGGAGGCAUCACUAAUUAUAAUAUAAAAGGGAUGCUUAGCAGUUAUUGUGUACUGUACAUAGAUUUACAGUACACACAAUUUAGCUACCGUGUAGCUUUUUAUCACCUAAAUGAUAUAUAUAUAUAUAUAUAUAGAGAGAGAGAGAGAGAGAGAAAGAGAGAGAGAGAGAGAGAGAAAUGGACAUUUACUGUGAAACGUAUGCCAAUUUACCCUGGAAUAUAUAUUUUUUAUUUUUGUGGGAUAUGCAUAUUGCAUUUGAAUGCAUUAAUGAUCUUUACCAUUACUUGUAUUAAAUCUAAUGUUCUUUUUUAUGUAAACUGGGGUGAAGACACUUUCUGUAAAAUAAAGGCAAUCAUUCAAACUCAAAACAUAA